AUGCAAGAUCUCCUUCUGCGUGAUGCCCUUGUCACCCUUUGCACGCUGCUAUGGUUCAGAUUAGCAAACUCGCAGUGCAUCCUUCCGGAUGAUCAAGGUAUUAUCAAGCAGUAUGUCUUGGUGGUCGACCAGACUCCUGUGCGUCUGAGCGCCGCCAUCUGCUCAAAUACCACAAUUACCGUCGCUGGCACCACCGUGCCAGUGACCAAUGCUCCCACAGUUUUGCUCUCCGACUUUAUUGUCGAGAACACCAUCACAUAUACCUCAACUCUAAGCCCAAGCGCCACUUUCAAUGGCCCAGUCUCAACAAUCACGAGGGGAGUGCCUCAAGGCACUGCUCUCUCAACUAUUGUUUUGGGACCACAAGCAAGCUCUGAAGUUGGCACGGAGAUUAUUUUGGAGCCGUUUCCCGCAGGCCAGCAAGGCCCAUUUGAUCCUCAGAACGCCAUUUCGUCAUCCUUCGAUCCAGCCCAGUCAGCGCCUGGAUCCAUUCCUGAGAACGCAUUUCCCGAACGUGUCGAGACCAUGACUGCACCUUGGACCGGCACAGUCACGUCGACUUUAGCGCUUCCUGCUCAAGGCACAGACGACAUCGAAAGGCAGAUCAUCUUGACACCGGUCGCAGCGCCGUUCCCAGGCCCAAUCACAGCUGCUACAAGCCCAUGGACUGGCACAAUGACUACGACAUUGACGACACCACCUGUCGGUACAGACUCCAUCGCCUUGCAGCUCGUCUUGACACCCACUGAUGGGGCUGCGCCCACGGGAGGGGCCCCGGCUGGGUUGUUCACUACUCUGACAGCCAUCGGUACUGAACCAACUACAUCAACCGUCGUGUUGCCCCCAACGGGUAGCGAUGCUGUCGGAACGGAAAUCAUUGUGGUGCCAACUACUGUUGGGGAUGAUGAUCCGGACAUUUUCCCCGCAGUAUAUGUUCCAACAACCGCAACCGGGCCUGGGACACUAACAACCACCUUCACAAUCCCACCUGCUGGAACAGAUACGACUGGAACUCUGUUAAUUCUCGAUCCGGCCUUAACUCCAUCACCUUCCAGCUAUGGAAGCGAUGGUGGCAGCGAUGACGGGAACGACGAUGGUCCUCUCAAUGCCUUUUUUGGCCCCUUCACAACUGUUACUGCCCCCUUCACAGGCCUUGCGCCAACAACUAUUGAUCUUCCACCAAGUGGAGGUGAUGGCACUGGAACCAGAGUCGUUCUGACUCCAACUCCGCAGCUCAGGCCGUUCAACGGACCUGUUGUCAGAGUUGCGGCAACCGUUACUGGUACAAUCUUCACCACCGUAACCAUCCUUCCAGCACAAGCGGGUGGCACAGCUACUGCAAUUGUUAUCAAUCCAGCAAACACAGAUCCUGGCGUAGCUCCCGCCGGAAACUUGCCGGCUACCCCAGCCGUGAUUCCAGCAGGACCUAUGGGACCACCAGACUUUGGCGUCCUAGAUCCAAGCUCAGCACCAGCUGACCCAGUGUUGCCUGCAAUAGUCUCACCUGUAGUUCCGGGAGGAAACAACAUCUUUACAACGUUCAAGUACCCACCACCGCAGCUUCAAUUCCGGUAG